CGGGACUGUAUAUAAGAGGCACCAGUCAGGUCAAUACUUCAGCCUCGCAUUUGCGCCACGACUACUGUAUCAUUUGCCACCUCGACAAGUAUCAUGAGACCUCUUCAGAUGCCAUACAUGUUCGAGGAUCGAACAGGCCACGUAGCCGGAUCGGACUAUGAUGACAUUUACGACCGCAUGUUCCUCCGAGUAGUGCCUCAUCCACGUUCUCCUGCCAGAAACAACAACGUUUUGGCUAUCUACAACAUGGGACGCCGUUCAACUCGACACGGAGACACACGGCAUCUAGAAAGGCAGCCUUCAGCGAUACUCGAGUUUGCAGAAGGUGCUGCAGGAGGACUAGGAAAUGUCAACUUUUUCUACCCUCCUGCGCCCAGCAUGACAAUGCCGAUGAACAGAUACCUACGAAAGACGGCCUUUUUCGGAGGAUCUCUCUCCAGAAAAUUCCGGGCGAGUGAUGGCCGAGAAUACAGAUGGGAGCACCAAAGCGCAGACGGUCACGAGUGGUCGUGCAUUUCAGAAGAAAAUUACCUUGUCGCCCAUUACGAUCUUCGCCAACCACACAUGCCAGCUUAUGGCGUCUCCGGAAACACUCUGACCGUUCACGAAUCAUUUUGUCACCUUUCUAUAGACAUCAUGGCUUCACUUCUCAUCAUGCGCUACAUUGCAGAGCAUAACCUGUAAAUCCACAAACAUGUCACAUCUCAUACCUCAAAAUUGCCCACCAUCCGAGGCGAACUUAGCACUCGUGCUAACUACAUACUGUAACACAAAUCCGAAAUGGGGAUGAUUACUGAGCAGCCAGCUAUUUUACUGUCAUGGACGAUUACCUAGUGAUCAGGCAGAAUCUUCAUCGCUCCCUUUUCUUUCUUGCAAUGAACAGAAAUUGACGAUCCCCAUCCCCUGAUUUUCGUCCUCUUCGAGCCUAAUUGUUCCUUUUCAUUUACUUAUCCGCAUUUAACACCUAAGGAAGUGAACCCGGUCGAACAGACUAGUUUCCCCCACUUCACAUCUACAAAUAAGCCAGUUUGCUAUGUCAACACCGGACAAGAG